AACAUCUGAUUUUCUCUUCCGUAUAAAGCAGUUUCAUUAUUUCGCCCCCUGGAUUAAAUACAAUAUCAUCACUAUGGUGGUGAGAAGAAAGGGUUUGGUUAAAAUCACAGUAUUGGCACAGAAUGAUUUAUUUCUUGUGAUGUUUAUGAUGAUCAAAAGGCUACAACAAGGUCAGAUUCCUGUGCAACAUUUACAGCUUAUGCGUGCUUGUAGGUGGUCUGCUCAUAUCUUUGUGGGUCAAAGGUCAGUCAAGAUGUGAUUGGCUAAGGUGUUUGUGGUGUAAUUGUUGCCUCAUAGUCAGGAGUUAAAUUGUACUAGAUAUGUUACCUCUGGAAUUCGAUCUGACACCUUUUUUUAUUGGAUCUGUAAAAAUGUAAAAUAAAAAUUGAUGCAAAUGUCACAACUUAUUAUGGCACAUGCACAGACAUAAGUAAGAUAUUACUGUAGGUGAGUUUGUAUACCAGUGUGUUUAAAUUCGUGGAGAAGAAAGUCUUCCUUGAUAACAAAACAAUUGAGUGUAGACAGUUUCUUUGAUUUUAAUUGGAGCAAUGUAGUUUUGUUGUUUCCCCCCAAACCUUCUGGAUUUGUCAUCAGUACUUGGUCAGGACAUCAUAAUUUGCAAAUUAAGCUCAUAGUAGCAUGUAAAAAAUGAUCAACAAGAAUCUGUAGGUAUUUCAUCUUCAUUUGUUGUAAUGAAAACAUCUGAUUGGGAUCAAGGUUCUUAUCUAGGGUUUAGGCAAAAGGCAAAAGACAAAAAAAAAAAAAAAAAAGAUCACUCAUUAAAAUUUCACUGCACUUUAGCCUUUACCAAACAUGCAUGCUGAGGAAACACACUCGGCUUUAGCUAUUAACCAGUCACCUCACAGUUUAUUCUGAACUCCAGGUGAACCUUUAGAUUCAAAGCCACGUUUGGGACGCUGCCAAGCUGUCCUCUGUGUUGUAUAGUGCAGUUUUUAAGCUCCGUCACUGGAGCUCUGUAGCGGGUUUGGCUGUCUCAUCACUCUGUGGGGCAGGACUUUGACUAUUGCUGUGAGAGUUAGCACUUCCUUUGUGUGUGUGUGUGUGUAUACGUGUGUGUGUGUGUGUGUGCGUGUGUGUGUGUAUAGUUUCUUUGUGACCAUUUGUUAGUCCUCUAGAUAAACAGCUCCUGUAUAUUGUGAGCUAGCUGGCAAGCAAGCUUUGGCCCUGGAGCUCAGCAUUGCCUUUGAGUUUCUGGCCCUGAUCAAAAGCCCUGAUCUGACGCUGUUUCCCUCCAAAAACCUGUAAAAGCUCCCUGGGUACGACUGCUCUCAUCCUCUGGUGCUUUUCUUUUCUUUUUUCAUCCUCCCUUGCCUCUCGCUGCAGAGGGACAAGACAGGUCCUCUUUGAUCUGAGCGGAUCAGCGGAGGAGAAGUGAAUGAGAGAGAGAGAAGACAGAGAGAGAUACUGUUGUGUCUGCCUAUCCUUUUGGCUCGUACAACAAACACUGUUUCAGAUUUGACUUUGCUUAAUUAAUUAGAGAUUCUGUUUUACAGACGGACUGAUCCUGGGCCAAAAGGUUUGAGAAUGGAACUUCAAAGCACAGGGAUUUGGGGCAGGGGGGAGGAUUUAGCCUGCAGGACCCAGCCUGGUGCUGAGCUGUGUCCUCACUGAGCUGCAUUAGAUCUGCUCUCGUUUAAAACAUCUCCAUCUUAUUACCCAUAAUACACAAAGAGACAAACUGCCUCUGAAAUUUGGGUAUUGAGUUCAGGAUUAAUGACAGUGGCUCUGCCCCCUGAGAAGAUUGACAGCAGUGUGGAAGAGAGAAUGCAGGACACUGAAGGCUCUGCCACCGUUGGCCCACACAAACAAUUACAGUUUGAGGAGUUGGAGUGUGCUGUAUCAGUUGAAGAAGAUAACAGGCAGGAGUGGACUUUCACCCUCUACGACUUCGAUAACAAUGGCAAGGUCACGAGAGAGGACAUCACCAGUCUACUGCACACUAUAUAUGAGGUGGUGGACGCAUCAGUAAAUCACUCCCCCAGCAGCAGUAAGACCCUCAGAGUGAAACUCUCCGUCGCCCCAGACUCCAGCCAGAAAUGGAGGAACUGCACCCAGACCAACACAGACACUCCCCAUCCCAAACACAAGGGAGAAAAGUGCAUUGAGGACUCCAAGACUUCAGAGAAAAAGUCAAGAGCUUUUCUUAGGCGUUACCAUGCUGACCACCACAACCAGCAGGGUUGCCAACGGCACUGUGUGGAUGAGAACUUAGAGAGAAGAAACCAUUACCUUGACCUGGCCGGCAUUGAAAACUACACAUCCCGCUUUGGAACAGCAGCUCCUGCCACAGAACCAGCAAAACCCAACAACGCCACACGUAUGUCCAAUCAGACACGAUCGCGUUCUCAAGAACCCGAGAACGGCCACGUUUACCCUGCUCACCAUCGGCGCUCACAGACCAUCUCCACGGAUCCUCCUGCUGUCCUCAGCCGGCACACACACGCACUCCGUUCCCCCAAAACGCACCGCACGCCGCCCACUCAGGCCUCAGUCGGUCGGGUGAUGAGGAGAGGAGCGCCGCCUCCCCCAGCGGUCCCCAACCAGACCCCUCCACACCAAAGCUCAGGCCCGUACCGACGGCACAAGCAGAGGCCUAAAGAAGGGCUGCACUAUCGGGCUCUGGGGCCAACCGUGACGUCCGGCCCAGUAGUGGAGAAAGAGCACAUGAGGGAUCUGCCCAGUCUGGUGCUGUAUGAAGGAGGACUAGCUCAGGUGGUCCAGCGGCACGAGCAUCAUCAUCAUCAUGAACAUCAUCAUCACUAUCAUCACUUUUAUCAGUCCUGAAGAGUGAAACCAGAUCUAAAUAAGAAGAAACACAAGGAACAUGUAACAAAUGAAUGAUCUUAAACCUUCUUGCAUGGUCACGUUGAGGCUGAGAAGGACACAAAGCAUCAUGUUCAUGCCAAAGUGGCAGACGGCGUGUGCGCAUUUGUAUAUAUAAAUGUGUGUAUGAGGUUGUGUGGGUCGGUUUGAAUGUGUGUUGAUGUAGUCAGUCCUGUCUUUGUCAACAGGAGCUUUGAACAGGUUUACGUACUACGUAAGGGCUCUAUAUCUCCCUUUUCUUUCUUUCUCUCUCUCUCUCCAUCUUCUCUAUCUCUCACACGUUUUCUCUCUCUCUCCAUAUCUCCCUUUCUCAAUGCUUGUCUGUUUGGUUGAAAAGGUGGUUAGCCCUGAUAAAUGAAGAAUUGUGAGUUGUCAAACCACUUUUGAAGGAAUACAAUUCCUUGGUUUUGUAAUUUACAUUUGUGUGUGUGUGUGUGUGUGUGUGUGGAUCUGCUCUUUGUGUGCCUAAGGUGUCUUUUCCUUACACUUAUCCUGUUUAGUUUGUUUGUUUGUUUGUUUGUUCACUGAAGACCACUUGAAAAGCACUUCUUGUGCCAUUGCAUUCAAGACACUUUAUCUAUGAAGAGCUUCUCUCCGAAACAACAGAUCUGAAUCAAAAUGCAAUACAGGACACGUGUACAGACGGAGCCUGUAAAGAUGCUCAAACCGCCAGAGAGGACUUUGUUGAAGGACAGUAUGAGAACUACACUCUACCAAUCUACAUGAAGAAAACAUAGCAUCAUAAUCAGCUGCUACCUCUAGUAUUAUUAUGAUUAUCGGUAUUAUUGAUAUAAUUUUUUUAUUAUUCAGAUUUUAUUUUUUAUUUGUCUGUAUGUUCUAAUAUGCCACCAAUCUGCAGUUAUGUUGAGAUGUGUUGGGUUUAAAUCCAUUGUAAGCUUUAUUACUGAAACUUACUGAAACAUUUAUAUUCAUUAUUUUUAUUUUAUUUUUUUAUUUGUUUGUGUUUUCCUGUCCCCGUAACUUUAAGCUAAUUGCAUUGUUAGACCACUAGGUAUCAGAGUUUAUAGUGUUAUUAUGUGUAUCAUACAAUAUGAGAUCUUAAAAUAAUCUUCUGAUGAUUGUAGAAUACUGUUCUGAAGUUUGUUAAAAAAUAAUUUAUUUGAAAAACAUAUUCCUGUCAUGUUUAUGGCAAGUCAAAUCAAAAGAUUGGAAAACAUUGAAUAGAGUUUAUAUUGUAUGACCCAGUAUUUCAUCUUCUGCUUGCUUAGUUAACUUUUUUUCCUUAUUAUCAGUUCAGUAAUGAGAUCAUUCAAGUUGUCAUAUUUUGACCUUCUAAAGUGUAAAGGAAUCUGUGCUGCCAAGGAAAAAUAGUAUUUUUAAUUUCUCAGGUUAAUUUGUUCACGUUUGAGUCAUUGAUUUGACAAGACGAUAUAAUCUGUUUUGAAGGGAGCAGUAAACCACUGGACUGUAAGCGUAUUUUGGUAGAGAAUCACCAUUGGGAGAGUUUAGUUUCUUUCAGAAUCCAAUCCAGACUGAAUUAAGAUCUUGUAGACAGCAUGGUAGUGCCUUUAGCUCAGAAGUGCUCACUUAUUGGCAGAAGUGAGAUGGGUAAAGCGAGAAAAAAGUCUGGUUGAUUUGGAGUUCAUUGGUUCCCCGCAGCAGUUUUAAACAGUGUUUAAAUAGUACAUUAUGAAUCUAUUUUAGGUUCGAUGUAUCCCAAGUCACCUAGAGGGUGUGUGUGUGUGUGAGUGAGUGAGUGUGUGUGGCAGCUGUCUCAUUCCUCAGGGGCAGGAUGACAGUAUCGCCGCCUAGGAGUCUCCAGUCCUCCCAUAACUCACCAAUACCCCACUGACAGAGAGUUAAUGAGUGCAUGUGCAUCUGAAACCAGCACGACGGAAGAUUAUGAAACAGAAAAGCCUGCGUUUACACUCACGCAUGUGUGUGUUGAAACUCACAGCAGGUGUUUUAAUAAUCCAAGUGUGUGCGAUAUAAUUGAUCUCCUCUCUCUUUUUAUUUUUUUAUACACAGAAACAUUUUAAAAGCUAAAAAAACAACAAGUUUGGCACUUUUUGGCCUCAACAUGGACAGCAGUCAAACGACGUGUCCAUUAUGUUUGGUUAGAACCUGUUCAACUUCAUAAUAUGUUUAGAGUAAGAUCAGUUGACUCUUCUGCUCAGUAGGAUGGUGGAAAUGUGAGAGCAUCACACAACACGAGACUCUGGAAAACUCACCUGCAGCUUCAGGGUGGUCUCAUCACAGCUUGUAACCUCCACUCAGCCUCGCUGUUGCAGGGGAAUGAAUGUGUGGAGUUUAGUUCUCCCUCUCAUUUUUUUUUUCAUUCUCUCUUUACAGUGAGAUAGUAUGAGCUGUUGCCAUUUUAAAUGAUUCUGACCAUUACUUAAACAUGUAUUGCUGCUAAAAAUCUACCCAUGGCUUCAUGAGAAAAUGAAAAGUUUAAACACGCCACAUGUGUGAAACAUGUGAGUGGGCAGUAGGUUCAUUUAUAACAAUAUUUCAAUAAUGUCCUGAAGUGUUCUCGUUUCUCUUCUAACACUGAUAUUUGUUUAGAUGUCUGAUGAUCAGUUGUGGCCUGAUGGAUGUAAAUACGACAUGAGUGGGCUGCUGUGGUGAUACCAGUAUUUUAGAUUAAUUCUGCGCUAUUUAUCUGGAUGAUCGGCUAUUUUCUAUAGUGCCAUUUGUAGCUAUAACAUUUCUUGAUUUCUUUUGUGCUUUUGUUUCGUGUGAUUGAGUGUGUAGGACGACACACACUCUUUCAGAUUCAAAGAAAGUGAUUCAUGGAGGUGCUUGUAUAUAAAUAACACAAUGUGGUAGCAUUUUAUGCCACAACUGAACACUAGUACAGAUAAUUUGUGACUAUUCUAAUAUUUUUUUUUUUUUUUUUAGUUUAUAUAGAUGGAUGGAAAUAAUUGCUUUAUUUAUUUAAUAGCAGAACUGUGCCAAGAGAAAAUCUUUCAUUAAAAGCUGAACUGUUGCUUA